CUGGUAAUAAUGUUACUUUACUCACCGUUCCUACUCUAUAUGGUAAUAAUGUUACUUUACACACCGUUCCUACUCUAUCUGGUAAUAAUGUUACUUUACUCACCGUUCCUACUCUAUCUGGUAAUAAUGUUACUUUACUCACCGUUCCUACUCUAUCUGGUAAUAAUGUUACUUUACUCACCGUUCCUACUCUAUAUGGUAAUAAUGUUACUUUACUCACCGUUCCUACUCUAUCUGGUAAUAAUGUUACUUUACUCACCGUUCCUACUCUCUCUGGUAAUAAUGUUACUUUACUCACCGUUCCUACUCUAUCUGGUAAUAAUGUUACUUUAAAUGUUGUUUAUAAUUCUAACAGUAUCUAUCUUCACUAUUUUACUUCGUUGUGACUAAAUGGUGAAUUUUUACAGACAAGUUAAUUUUUGUCUUUAAAAUCUAUGAAUUAUUCAUGUAAAUGAUGUUCAUCUGCAUGCAUUUUCAAUUCAAUUUUAACAUAUUCUAUAUAGCUAUACACCCGAUGUUUCCAACUGACUAAAGGAUUUGUUCCAUUACAAUCGUAUAGCGUUAAUGACGAUGAUGUUGCCGUUAAGAUUUAAUAAGCGUAUUAUUUAUACAAGACACAUCUGUGUAACAAUUGUUUAAAAAGUAACUAACUGUUUACUCUGUGAGGUAUUCGUAUGUUUUCAGAUCUUUAUUUUGUGUCGAUAUGAGGAUUUCGGCACCGGAAACGUGUAUCAGAAACACAAAUAUGGCUAUUUAACGGUGUUUUUUUCAGAUAUUUCCUUGCUGAAAGUCUACUAUAUAUAUAUAUAUAUAAUAUCACUUUAUUACAAGUUGUCAUAAAUUAAAUUUACACAAUCAAUUUCCUUUCUCUAUUUCAUAUUUAGCGUCUAGUCUGUGAUUCCCUUUAAAACAUUAAAAUGCAAUUUUACAGAAUUUAUAGUUGUGCAGUUCAUUCUUACGCACUCAUACAUUAUAAACAAUAAAUUGUUUUCUUUUCGAAAGUUGAUAACGUCAAUGUAGAAAAAUUCAUGUAACGGAGAUCUCUCCUUAUACACAGUUGUACAACACUAGGAGUUAUCGUUCGUGAAAUACAAAUGUCAGUGCUAUGAAAGGGGAGGUAAGUCGUAUGUAUUUCACUACCAAAAACGGCCAGACAUGACAGCGCCCACGGGUCUCCCGAUGACAAUGCCAGCAUAUUUACACUGAAGUACCAGGGACGAAUUAUGUGUCUACCAUAACAUUAUAUUUUCUCAUUGACAUAAAUUGAUGUAAAAGACAGUUGUCACCAUACAAACACCUAUGGAGAGCCUCAGGCUACGACACCCUGUGGUUGUAUGAAUACAAACAGUUUCUUUACCUAGAUCUAUGCGGCCACAAACAACGAGGUCUCGUUUGAUUGAGAUUUACACAAAUAAUAUUCUAUAUCUGAUAAAAAUUGCCAUUAAA